AUGGCAGAAGCGCCGCCGCCAAAGAAGCGGAAACUUGAUGGUCCAUGGUUUCGUGACUGUUUGCAAGAGUUAGAUGAGACCGUGAAGACGAAUGUGGCCACAAAGCUGGACAAAUUCUCAGAAACAGAUCUCUACACAGCCACUUUUGAUGCUUUGAUGAGUCUACUGAAUUCAGCAAUGAGAACCUUAGAGAGCAGGUGGCCUUGCGGCUGCACAACAAUCUUCGCGAAGCGAACGCACCAGCACCAGCAAUCCCAGUGCAAGAUGAUCUUUGCAAGUGGCUUGCAGAAACUGUCCAGAAGAAACCAAGCGAGUGGAAGGCAAACGAGGUGA